AUGAGUCCAGUCUUCGAGCCCUUCCCCUUGACUCCCCUGACGUCUGCGGCCUUGGGCCACAUCAAAGUAUCGCUGCAGCUCGCCGACCCCAGCCGCGUGCACUACGGCCCCGGAGACCCUGUCGAGGGCCGCAUACGUCUCGACUACAUCGCUGCGGGCAGCCUGGCAGGCAGCUUUGACCUUGCACGGCCAUGUCGCAUAUUUGUCACAUUGCGCGGCCUCAUGCUGGUGCGUGCCGUUCCGGGCAAGAUGGUGCUCGGUGUGGCGUCGCGGGACGGGGAUUCGUAUCUGGGGCGCAGCAUCACAACGCUGUUUGAGCGAGAGGUCUGCGUGUUCGAUGGACGCAUGAGCGGCCUGACCCCGCGGACGUCAAGGCAGGCCAAGUUCAGUGUGUGUUUCCCAGAUGGCAUAGAUGGGAGUCUUGGGUGCUUUGAAGGGUGGGAAGACGACUGGGAGCACGCUGGUGAUGCCAAGAGGGAUGCGAAACAUGCCAGCUACACAGACGGGAGCGAUGACGAGCACAGGUCAACGUACAACAUGGACCCGAGCCAGCCUCUUCCGCCGUCCAUGACCCUCACCGAGCGUCCUGGCCCCCACAAAGCAAUCGUCAACGGCAGCGACAAGAGCGAGAUUGCUGUGGUGUAUGAUCUCUUCGCCAAAGUGGAGAUGCCAGGAACCGACGUGGCGAUGCGCUACCCCUCAGUGCGCGUUGAAGAGGGCGUGUUCGAGCAUAAUGGCAGCUUUUAUCGAGCCUUCUCGUGGGGGCAACCGGUCUUAUAUGAGCAGUCGUGGCUCGGGCAGCAACGGUACCCCCAGCAGAACGGAGGCAGCCAAGAGGGCACGCAGACGCGGAGCGGACAGGUCGAUCUCAAGGACGCCCAGGGCCCCAGCAGCGAGCCUGUAUCGGGGCUGCGGGCCAAAUUGGCAGCAAAGAUCACACACUUAGCACACAGGCAUCCUUUCAGCUGGCAAAUGCAGUGCCAGGAGGCGGUGCACCAGGGACAGCUAUUGGUGAUACGGGUCCAGGUCAAGCCGUUCGCGAGCAUUUCAGCGGACCCCUCAGAUGGCAAGACCAUGAAGCCACCAGCACCGCCAGUUUCAAUCGAGCUUGCAAACAUGUCCGUACGAGCGACUGCUUUUGUCGAGGCGCGGAUGAAAAUCGGCUCCCGAGGGCAACAGGAUCUGGCUGGGGAGGAGGGCGCCGGUGAAGAAGCUCUGGACCUCGACAGGGCUCGGGAGACGCCUUGGUUGCUUGACGGCCGCAUGGCCGGACUGAGCAAGAGUGUCUUCUGUGCCGAGGAUGACUGGGUGCUUGAUGUGCCGUUCUCGACCAUCACUGGAAAGCUUACAACCUCUUUCAGCACGCCGUGCGUCCGGCGGAGCUACGUAGUCUCUGUCAAGUGCUGUGUCCGCGUCGGGGGCUCCAAGAAGGAGGAGACUUUUCAACAUUCCUUUCCAGUCACGGUACUCCCUCCACUGUCCGCGGAUGCCAGUACAGCGCCGCCUCUGGCCCUUGCUGCACCGACGUAUGUGGCCGCGAACACGAGUGGCGAGACAUUGCCCCCUUACGAGCCGUAA